AUGUGCAGCCCCUUGGAGGAGGGCGAUAACCAGACAGCCACUCCCGCUCCUUUGCCUUCCACUGACACUGCAGCCCCAGUCAACGAGACAUCCACGGAAGGCCCAACCGGUGUGGGGAACUCCACUGCUGCUCCCACUCCAACAGGAUCUCCCCUGAACAACAACACCAAUGGUACCUCUGCUCCUGAAGCCAGUCCAUCUCCCAGCAGCCCUAACGCAACCUUGGCUCCCAGUGGCAGCCCCUUGGAGGAGGGCGAUAACCAGACAGCCACUCCCGCUCCUUUGCCUUCCAAUGACACCGCGGCCCCAGUCAUUGAAACAUCACCAGCUCCAAUUGUUUCCACUUCUGGUCCUUCUACAGUUCAGCCAACAGGUACAGCUGGAAAUCCCAAUUCUAGUCCCAACACAGUGAGCCCAAUAUCUACAAAUCCAGCUCCUACACUGUCUAAUCCAAUCCCUGGUUCACCAACUUCCCCAAAUCCAGCAGUGACACCUGGAAGCCCGAAUGCAAGUCCAGCCACAACAAUCCCCACUACACCCUUGAGCCCCACCACUUCCAAUCCAACGCAAGGGGAGCCACCGACCAUGAAUGUACCCACACAAGGAGCACCGACAACAAAGGCACCGACCCAGGGACCGCCAACCACCGCCGGACCCACCGUAGAGCAGGGGAAUCCAAGUGCCAGCGCCACCACCUUGAGCCCCAUCACUGCCAACCCCAGUUCAGGCAUUAGGGAUAGCACAAUUGCACCUAUCAUAACAAUGCCAGCUUCCGAUGCACCUGCUACAGCGAAGCUCACGACUGCUGCACCGUCCAUGUUAAGGCCCACUACAUCCGCCCCGUCAACAGCAGCCCCCACUGUCUCAUCGGGAAGCCCAAGUGCUGCUCCAACAACGCUUCAACCCACAACCACCCAACCAAGUACUUUGGCACCCACCACAUCGCAACCAACCACAGCAAGACCCAGUACAGCGCAGCCAACUACUGCAACUCCAACUACAGCACAACCAACAACUGCAACACCCAUUACGGUUAGGCCAACGACAGCAACACCGACUACAUUGCGUCCAACAACGUCGCGGCGAACAACUAUAACUCCAACAACGACCCAACCAACCACUGGGACACCCACAGUUAAGCCAGGAAGCCCAAGUUCAAUAUCAACAACGGCUAUGCCAACUACCCUUGCACCGACCACUGCCAAGCCCACCACAGCAAGUCCAUCAACAGCAAAACCCACCACAGCAAGUCCAUCAACAGCAAAGCCCACCACAGCAAGUCCAUCAACAGCAAAGCCAACAACAGCAAGUCCAUCGACGUCAAAACCUACCACGGCUGCCCCAUCAACCGCAAAGCCUACCACAGCCUCCCCAUCAACCGCAAAGCCUACCACGGCUGCCCCAUCAACCGCAAAGCCUACCACAGCCUCCCCAUCAACCGCAAAGCCUACCACGGCUACCCCAUCAACACUGAAGCCCAGCACCGUGGCUCCAACAACAGCAAAUCCCACAACAGCUGCACCAAGUACAGGAAAGCCCACUGUGAAGCCUGGAAGUCCAAGUGCAAGUCCCACAACCGCAAGUCCAACAACAACAAAGCCAACAACAGUUGCACCCAGUACAAGCAAGCCCACCACAGCAAGCCCAUCUACAGUGCAACCAACAACGGCAACCCCCACAACAAACACACCAACAGUCAAACCUGGAAGCACAAGUGCACAGCCAACUGCACCCAAAGGUGUAGGGGCUGUUCCAACUGUGAACCCAACCACAGCCCAGCCAACCACUGCAAACCCUACAGUCACUUCUGGAAACCCAAGUGCAGCACCAACUACCUCUACUCCUUCCUCAAGUCCUGUGACAUCUCAGCCAUCCACAGCUGUUCCAACUGUGACUCCGGGGAACCCAAGUGCUUCACCAACUUCUGCAGCUCCCUCAUUGAGCCCCACCACUGCUUUGCCAACCACAGCUGUUCCAACUGUGACUCCGGGGAACCCAAGUGCAGCGCCCACUUCAGCUGCUCCCUCAUUGAGCCCCACCACUGAUUUGCCAACCACAGCUGUUCCAACUGUGACUCCGGGGAACCCAAGUGCAGCGCCCACUUCAGCUGCUCCCUCAUUAAGCCCCACCACUGCUCCGCCAACCACAGCUGUUCCAACUGUGACUCCAGGCAACCCAAGUGCAGCGCCAACUUCAGCUGCUCCUUCAUCGAGCCCAGCCACUGCUCCGCCGACCACAGCUUUUCCAACUGUGACUCCGGGAACCCAAGUGCACCCAACUUCUGCAGCUCCCUCAUUGAGCCCAGCCACUGCUCCGCCGACCACAGCUGUUCCAACUGUGACACCGGGGAACCCAAGUGCAGCGCCCACUUCAGCUGCUCCCUCAUUGAGCCCCACCACUGCUUUGCCAACCACAGCUGUUCCAACUGUGACUCCGGAACCCAAGUGCAGCGCCCCCUUCAGCUGCUCCCUCAUUGAGCCCCACCACUGCUCCACCAACCACAGCUGUUCCAACUGUGACUCCAGGAAACCCAAGUGCAGCGCCCACUUCAGCUGCUCCUUCAUUAGCCCAGCCACUGCUCCGCCACCACAGCUGUCCAACUGUGACUCCGGGAACCCAAGUGCAGCGCCCACUUCAGCUGCUCCUUCAUGA